CUUUAAGGAUUCUCUGUGCCUUCACACCCUAUCUCCAUCUCUCUCUCUCUAAACUUCCUUUCUUCUACUUGAAACAAACUAUAGAGAUUAGAGAGAGAGAUUAAGGAAACACACCUAAAUUCUUUUUGACCCUUGUUUAUUAUAUAAACCCAAGUUGCACAAUUCCCCAUAAACCCAUAUUUAAGAAAACUUCUGUUUCCUGAUUUGGCUGGUCUUUUUUCAGAAAGAAGAGAUAAAUAAUAGAGGGAGAGAAGAGGACAUUAUAAUGGUGGCUCAUAAGAGGGUCCAUCUUAGACCAACAUGCAUUUGCAUAAUCUGGUUCUGCCUCUUGGUCUCUCUCCCUCACCAUGGAAGAGCAUCUUCCUUCAAUCUUUCUCUCCCACACCAACACCCAUUCCCUGAACAUGUUGUUCUUAAUGUUCAAAGAAAACUCAACGACUCUCUCUCCAGAAGAAACCUCCUCACUUACCAACAAGACGACGCCACGGCCGCGUCGUCUCCGCCAAUACCUUCUUGCCUCACCGGAAACCCAAUCGACGACUGCUGGCGCUGCGACCCAAACUGGUCGCAAAACCGCCAGCGCCUCGCCGACUGCUCAAUCGGCUUCGGACAAGGCACGCUCGGGGGCAAAGGCGGCCGCUUUUACCUCGUCACCGACUCCUCCGACAACGACGCGGCGAACCCACUUCCCGGAACCCUCCGCCACGCCGUGAUACAGCCGGAACCUCUCUGGAUCAUCUUCUCCGGCGACAUGGGGAUCACGCUCCGGCACGAGCUCAUCGUCGGGAGCUUCAAGACGAUCGACGGGCGAGGCACGAACGUCCAGAUCACCGGCCACGGGUGCCUGACGAUACAGCAGGUGAGCCACGUCAUCAUCCACAACGUCCACAUUCACCACUGCAAACCCUCCGGGAACACUCUCGUCGCUUCUUCGCCGACGCACGUCGGGUUCAGAGGAGUCUCCGACGGUGACGGGAUCUCGGUCUCGGCUUCGCACCACAUUUGGGUCGAUCACUGCUCUCUCGGGUACUGUUCCGACGGACUCAUCGACGUCAUCUUAGCAUCAACGGCGGUCACAGUGUCCAACAACUACUUUCAUCACCACGACGAAGUUAUGCUCUUAGGUCACGACGACAGGUAUACGGCGGACUCGGGGAUGCAAGUGACGAUUGCGUUCAACCAUUUUGGGGAGGGGCUAGUGCAGAGAAUGCCACGGUGUAGACAUGGUUACAUCCACGUGGUGAAUAACGAUUUUACUGCAUGGGAGAUGUAUGCAAUAGGUGGAAGUGCUAACCCUACGAUCAAUAGUCAGGGUAACCGUUACACCGCACCUAUUGAUCCCAAUGCUAAAGAGGUGACGAAGCGUGUGGACUCAAACGAGAAACACUGGGGGAAAUGGAACUGGAGGACGGAGGGAGAUGUUAUGGUUAACGGAGCGUUUUUCGUACCGUCAGGUGACGGAGUGAGUCCGGCGUACGCCCGAGCCACUAGUCUUCAGGCAAAGACCGCUGAUGUUAUUGACCAGCUCACGGUCAAUGCCGGCGUUUUCGGCGAUCCCAGUGGAAGAAACGGGCAAGGAGGAGGUUUCCCCGGAAUCACGGGCGGUGGUGGGACCGUCACACGCGGUUACAGUAAAGGUGGACCCGGAGGCGGUAGCAGCGACAGCGAUGAUGGCAUUUUCACAAUGAUAUUCGGUAGCAAUUCCAGUGCGGCGGCGGUGGCUUUGAGGCCGAGACAAGUCUGGUCAAUUGUAUUCACUAUCAUCUUACUUUGGUAUUUUCCACACCAUAGGAGAUGACAACUUCAUUAUUGGUUCAAGGGGUUCCACUAUUUAUUUUAACGGUAUAAAAAGCUAUGAAAAGAAACCAAAAAAUCGAAUAUACAUACAUAUUAAAAACAAUAUAUAGAGUUAUAUACCACACAUGCAUUUGCAAGUUGUAGAAUAUUGCGGAAAUAUAUAAAGAAAUUUUAUUCUU